UGUAUUAAUCCAUUCAUAAUUUUGAUUACAAUUAUUAACGUUAGAUGGGCUAUGUAUACAUGUCCCGGUAAGAACUUAACUCGGUAACAACAAUUGCGCACGCAACACUACCCUGCCUGUGCUGCCUGUGGGAGCCUGCGUUCUGCAGCAAUACCCCUCUCGACAGCAGAGCUUUUGAUUUGAAACUGCGUCACUUGCUUGCUGGAGCUGAAAGCUUAAUUCUGAUUGGCGAAUCCUAGGCGGAUAUACAUUACGUACAUGUAGGCCGGGUCAACCAAUAUUGUUGUUUGGGAAACCAUCGUAACGGCUUGCCUCCAUUGAUAGACCUUCACUCACUGAAGUGAACAUUUAAUGUAUUGUAGUUUUAAAUAAAUAAUUAUAUCGAAAACACUGGGACUUGACCUUCUACGCAGUUUGUUUGACACCAGAAGAACGUAGCACUGUUGUACACUCAGCAUGAACUUUAAGACUUGAAAAUGCCAGCAGGGGAGAGUGAAGCAAAAGCAAAGACCAAGGCUCGAUUUGAAGAAGUUUUUAAAAGCUAUGCAGGUCCAUCUACUGAUAAAAAGAAAAGCACCCUGUCUCAGGAAAGUUUUGCGCUUGAAACCUUGAAAAACAGCCUUGACCUGAAAAAAGGGGAUGACAAGACCAUCCUCAACAACACCUACAAUCAAGAGGAGGGGAGCCCCCGGUUUACAAAGAACAAGUUAAGAGAGAAAACCUUAACAACAGAGAAAGUCAACAACAAUGCCCUGACUGAGGAGGAAAGACAACCAGCAAAGACCAAGAAGAAGAAGAAGAAGAAGAAGGAUGUUACUGAGGACCAAGGCCAGUAUGAAGAUCCCCAAUAUAUCAUCAGCACUUCUGCUGAGAGAGAUGACACACACACUACCAAGGUUGCAAAAUCUAAAACUAAUUUGGAGGCUGAUGAAACCAGACAGAAGCCUGAAAGAAGAAAGGCAAAAAAUGCCUCCAGAGUGCCACCAGAGUUAUCAAAGGAUGAGGAGGAGGAGGAUGAGCAACUCUUCCAGAGGUAUCAGCAACAAAUUGCUGAAGAGGAAGCCAAGGAAAUUAAAAAGAAACUAAGAAAGAAGAUUGCUGAAACAAUGUCAGAUUAUACUGUGAACACAACAAAUCAAGUUUUAAACAAUGAGGUGGAGAAGAAGAAAAAGAAAAAAACGGUGCCAGUUACCACUGAAGGAGAAAUAAGUGCAAUGUCCUUAUCUGAGCUGCAGGACAGCCAGACAGAGGAGCUCAUCAGAAAGAAAAAGAAACACAGGAUAACUACCUCUGAUACAGAGAGAGUAGAAGAAGAUGGGGAGCAGAUACUUAAAGAGGAGGAGGCACAGCAGAAAGCAGAAGCAAAGAAAAGAAAAAAGAAAAGAAAAAAAGCAGAACAAGAAGUUAAUGAAGAGCUGAAUGACAAUGCCACCGCUGCUGAAGCUCAGCCGAGCAGGCAUUUGUUUGAUGACAACCUUGUGCUGGGGGUUUAUGUCCAUCGAACAGACAGACUAAAGACAGAUCUCAUGGUGUCGCAUCCUAUGGUGAAAGUCCAUGUGAUAGAUGAAAUGACUGGGCAGUAUGUAAGGAAGGAAAAAAGUGGUCGUCCGGUUUCUUCGUUUUAUGAGCAAGAGACAGUGGAUCACAUUCUACCUAUCAUGACACAGCCUUAUGAUUUCAAGAAAAAUAAGUCGACGGUCCCAGAAUGGGACGAACAGAUUAUCUUCAAUGAGAGAUUUGGAUAUUUUGUGCAGGAAACCGAAGAAAGUCCAAAAGUAAUGCUGUUUUUUGAGGUUCUUGAUUUUAUGAGUAUGGAUGAAGCACGGGCCAACUUUGAGAUACAGAGACAUGAAAGUGGUUUUCGAAAAAUAGCCUGGGCAUUUUUAAAGAUUGUAGGGACUAACGGUGUCCUGAAUGUGGAAGGAAAACUCAGACUACAACUCUUUUGCCCACCUCCCAGAGGAAGGACGCAGCCCAACACUGUGGAGGUGUUUGAGUGGUGGAAGAAGUACCCAAGGAAUCGAUACUCAUCAACACUUUAUGUUACAGUCAAAGGCUUAAAAUUGCCAGAUCAUGUUGAUCCUUGUGUUCGCUCGAUGAUGGCUCUGCAACAGGAGAUGGGUAGUACCUCAUACAGCGAACUUCAAAAUGAAGUCACAAGAAAGGGUGAUAACCUCCCUCAGGAGGAAAAGAUGAUUGAGUUUCUGAAGUGGAGCAGGCUGCCUGGGCAGGUUUGCCGUAUUCCAAACAAGCCUUUGCUAUCCUUUCGAGGGGGUCAGAUGGGCUGUUUCUGUGUUCGUUUCUCCAAUGAUGGAAAAACAUUGGCAUGUGCUUGUGCUGACAAGGAUGGUUAUCCUAUAGUAGUGUAUGAAAUUCCAUCAGGCAAAGUCCUUGGAACAUUUAAUGGUCACCUUAGUAUUGUGUAUGACCUUUGCUGGUCCAGAGAUGACAAGAACCUCCUUUCAGCAUCCUCAGAUGGGACUGUAAGAAUAUGGAAUGUUGAGACAUUUCAAGGCCUUGCUGAAAAGGUUCUCCCACACCCUGCAUUUAUCUAUGCUGCACAGUAUCACCCCUUUGCACAGUAUUUGGCAGUGACAGGAGGCUAUGAUUGUGUGAUUCGCGUGUGGAACGUGAAAGUGAAAGAUGUUAAUGGCCAGUUGCUCCAAGAAUUUGAUGGACACAAGAGCUUCAUAAACACGCUGUGUUUUGAUAAAGAAGGGCUACGAAUGUUUUCAGGGGACAGCUCAGGUUUGAUAAUCGUGUGGAACUCCUUUGUGAAUGAACGCUCACGGCGCCACCCAGCUCAGCAGUGGUCUAUUGAAAAGGAGAUACAGGAGAUUGACUUAAAAGGAGUUCCUGUGAAUCACUUGGAGGUGCAUCCAAAUGGUCGCCGUUUGCUCAUCCAUGCCAAGGACAGUAUUCUUAGAGUAAUGGACCUGAGAAUACUGACUACAAAGAAAUACACAGGUGCUACUAACUACAGAGAGAAAAUCCACAGUACUUUUACUCCAUGUGGAAGCUUCCUUUUUUCAGGAAGUGAAGAUGGGAUGGCCUAUGUUUGGAAUGCUAAUACAGGGGACCAAGUUGCUGUGUAUUCUGAGCUCUGUUAUUCAUCCCCUCUUCGUGACGUAGCCUUUCAUCCUCAUGAACACAUGGUAGCAUUAUGUGCCUUUGGACCAAACCUGCCUGUCCAUGUAUAUCUGUAUGAUCGUAAAAUUGCACUGAUGGAAGCUGAAUCUAUGAAAGAACUAAGUGGGUCUCGGGUUACAACAGUUCCAAAAGGGCCUAGGAUUCUAAGCAGCACUUCAGAUGAUCCCACAUUGCAGGAUUCAACAAUGUCUUCCAUGGAUCGUUUUGCAAGUGCUGCAAGGAUUUCAUUGAAUCUGCAGCGAGUAAAACAAAAACUAGAUUCUGUUCUGGUACCGAUGCAUAAAAACCAAUCAACGAUGGAGUACCUUUAUGAGCAACCAGGAAUAGUUCCUUCUAUGACAAAGAAUUUGACUCAGGAGGCCAGUGUCAUAAGUCCAGGGAGCAGUAAUUAUCUGCACACUGUCGGGUCAAAUCUCUCGCUUCCUGCUCCAUCACUGCUGUCACCACACUCCAAACUAAGGCUCCCCAGCACACUGGGUGCUCAGCUGAUUCCACAGCAGUCCUCACACAACGGUGGAUUCAGCCCAGUAGGACAACGCUUUAGCCAUGCACCAUCACUCAGACUGCAGACGAGCAUUGCUAAUCCCUCAGCUUCGUUCCUUAGAGUUGAGGCAGACACCUUUAUACCAGUCCAACAAACAGUUGUGGCACUCUAUGACUACACAGCGAAUCGAUCUGAUGAGCUAACCAUACAUCGCGGUGAAAUUAUCCAAGUGUUGUACAAAGAUAAUGAUAACUGGUGGUUUGGUCGCCUGGCAAAUGGACAGCAAGGCUAUUUCCCAGCUAAUUAUGUGGCUGAUGAAAGAGGGUUUGAAGAGGAGCUGUCUCACACACUAGAAUCAAAUCCUGCUCUGUCCGACAAACAACAUGAGACUGAAGAGAGAUCCCCAACCCCAACUAAGAUGUCAGCCGUCAUCAGCAAGUCAGGGAAAUUCAAAAUCAUCUCGGAGAAUGACACAGAUACAGAGUCCCCUGUGAUCCUCAUCCAGAAAAAGAAGAAGAAGAAAAAGGCAGUGGGAAGUGGAUCUGAAGCUCCUGUCCUAGCUCCUGAACCGUUACAGCCUACAGAUGUAGUGGAACAAUCUUCCACAGAAGUUGUGAGAAAGAAGAAACUUAAGGCACCUCACAAACACUCUGAUGCAAGCGGGGAAACCAAUGUUGCCUUCGAACCCGAUUUUUAGCAAAAAAAUAGCCAUUGCCCUCCAGUUUAAAUAACUUUUUGUUUUGCAAUUAAUUAUGUUUUGUUUGUAUAGCAGUAUCAGCAACAUACGCUACACACACCUGUGGUAUUUGAGCAGGAAUAAUUUCAAUGUUUCUGUAGCAUGUCAAACAUGGUAAAGUGUGCUAAUGGAUACCUGUAGGAACUGGCUUUUGUUAGUGUUACAGCAUUCAAAGAUUAGGUUGAACCUAUUUGAGAAACCUCCUUAGAAAAACACUAGUUUAUUUAUGUAGGGAUGAUUGUUUUUUAUGUCUGUUGUCUUGCCAAAAGCCUACCUGCAGUUCCUUUGUUCAUUAACAUGUGCAGAGAAAAGUUCACAAAAAAGCAGUUCUCAUUACCAAACGCAUGGCAUUGUUUGGGGUACAUGUGGAAUUUAUUUUAAUUUGACUUAAUAUCGCUUUUUUAAAGUGGCUAUUAAUAUAUGUAAAUUGUUGUUUUCUGUAGAGUGUUUAUUUUGUUGGAUUUGCAUUUAAAACUUAAUUCAGUGUAUUUUAUAUAAUUUGUAUAAUGUAUUUUAUUUACAAGAUUUAUUGAAGGAUACCUGGAUGAUCAUUUUGUACACUUGAGUGUUUUAUAAGUAUUCAUGAAGAAAUUACCCCUGCCUAAUACAUUAUGUUGUAUUAGAUGCCAGUUAACUACAUGCCACAUGCUUCAUUUUGGCAUCUUGCACAUUUUAUGUAAAACAGUUUGUAUAAAAAAGUGCAAAGAAAAAAGAAUUUGACUUGUCACAUCAUUUAACUAUAGGUAUAAAUAAUUACAGAGAGAAUAAUUAUUGUGGCCUUUGUUAAUAUGAAAUAACUUUCUUAACUGGAACUAGUACAUCAGUGAGAGAACCCAUGUUCAUCAUGCUCAUCUGAACAUCUAAGACCUUGUUCCAGUUUAGCAAGUAAGCAAAGACACCCAGGAGGGGCCUUUCUGUAUUGAGCACUAUAGCUAAAGUAGAGCUGGCCCUUUAAACAACUCUAUUCAUUUGUAUAGCACAUACUGUACAAACAUGAACGCACUCUUCUCUAGGCAACAGAACAUGAAAAAAUGCUUUUUAUUGUUAUAUCCUACAUGGUUACAAAUAAUAGUUUUGUAUUAUAAGGCCUGUGUUGAUCCUUUAAAAUGUAUUUUUCAAAAAUGGUAUAAUGAAAGUUUCUAGCAAAAAAAAAAAAAAAAAAAAUUCUUAGAGCACUGAAAAGUGUAUUUGUAUGUACGUAUUACAGUAUUAAACUUCAAGGGAGAUGUGGAAGUGUUUUUUAAUCUAUUGAAAUUUAUAUAUGUGUAAGAAUGGCUUAAGAUUACUACUUACUGAUAGAAAUCGGAAAAAGGCUAAUCUAUCAGUGAGACAGUAAGAAACCUUAAGCGAAUAAGCUUGUGUUAAAGAAAAUAUAUGAUCACUGUUGAUUAAAAGGUAUAAAAUCA